CGGCCGGCCGGGUCAGCGCGGCGGCGGGGCCGGGCUGGGCUUGAGCGCGGGCGCUGGCCGCCGCCGUUCUCUGCGGGCCGCGCGCGAGGCCGCCGAGGAGGAGGAGGAGGAGGAGGAAGUGGCGGCGGCGGGACUGCGCGCCCGGAGCCCCGUUCCGCGUCCCCGCCGCCGGGAGGAGGUACCCGCACGCUCGCGGCGCGCUUCAGGGCGCCAGCUCGGCCUGUGGGCGAUUUCCUCCGGACCCGAGCUCCUCGCCCGAGGAGGAAGAUGCAGACCUUUCUGAAAGGGAAGAGAGUUGGCUACUGGCUGAGCGAGAAGAAAAUCAAGAAGCUGAAUUUCCAGGCCUUCGCCGAGCUGUGCAGGAAGCGAGGGAUAGAAGUCGUGCAGCUCAACCUGAGCCGGCCGAUUGAGGAGCAGGGCCCCCUGGACGUCAUCAUUCACAAGCUGACCGAUGUCAUCCUUGAAGCUGACCAGAAUGACAGCCAGUCCCUGGAGCUGGUGCACAGGUUCCAGGAAUACAUCGACGCCCACCCCGAGACCAUCGUCCUGGACCCCCUUCCUGCCAUCAGGACGCUGCUUGACCGCUCCAAGUCUUACGAGCUCAUCCGGAAGAUUGAGGCCUACAUGAAAGAUGACAGGAUCUGCUCUCCGCCCUUCAUGGAGCUCCCGAGCCUGAGCGGGGAGGACACCAUGCAGCUCCUGGAGAAGAACGGCCUGGCCUUCCCUUUUAUUUGCAAAACCAGAGUGGCUCACGGCACCAAUUCUCACGAGAUGGCCAUCGUGUUCAAUCAGGAGGGCCUGAAUGCCAUCCAGCCACCCUGCGUGGUCCAGAAUUUCAUCAACCACAAUGCCGUCCUGUACAAGGUGUUUGUGGUCGGCGAGUCCUACACUGUGGUGCAGAGACCCUCGCUCAAGAACUUCUCGGCGGGCACAUCAGAUCGCGAGUCCAUCUUUUUCAACAGCCACAACGUGUCCAAGCCAGAGUCGUCCUCCGUCCUGACCGCGCUGGACAAGAUCGAGGGCGUGUUCGAGCGGCCGAGUGACGAGGUCAUCCGCGAGCUGUCCCGGGCCCUGCGGCAGGCGCUGGGCGCAUCGCUCUUCGGCAUCGACAUCAUCAUCAACAACCAGACGGGGCAGCACGCUGUCAUCGACGUCAACGCCUUCCCAGGCUAUGAGGGUGUGAGUGAGUUCUUCACAGACCUCCUGAACCACAUCGCCACCGUCCUGCAGGGCCAGAGCGCAGGCACAGCGGCCACGGCAGCGGUGGGGGGCGUGGCCCCACUGCGGCACAGCAGGCUCCUGGCGGAGCAGGCGGGCAGCCUGGUGGGCGAGCGGACGUGCAGCGCCAGCCCCGGCUGCUGCAGCAGCAUGAUGGGCCAGGACGCAGCCUGGACGGCGGAGGGGGGCACGGGCAGCACCGGCAGCACCGCCAAGCUGCCGCACCAGAGACUCGGCUGCACGGCCACCGUGUCGCCCAGCUUCCAGCAGCACUGCGUGGCCUCCCUGGCCACCAAGGCCUCCUCCCAGUAGGCACGGAGCUGGACCCGGAGUGCGGCGCAGAGCAGGGCCCGGCAGUGACGGCUACUACUAAGAAUCCCUGGUGAUCUGAUUCCUCCUUUUCUUUUUCCAGUUCUUAACCUGAUUUUCUGGUGUCAUAAUGUAAAUGCGGGGCGGCAGGGUGGGAAGGAGCACCAAGUGGUCCAGCCUUGUGGAAAAGGGCCAUCCUGCCUCAUUCCUCUCUGCAGACCUCUUUCCUGAGUUUACACUUGCUCGUGGUUUCAACACUAGGCCUGAGUGUGAGGUGGUGCCCGUGUGCGUCUGUGUGUGUGUGUGGCCGUGGCCGUGUGCGUGCACAUGUACUCGUCAUGUCUGUCCGUCUCGGUGACUGCUGGGGCCUGGGGGUCAGGCUGUCGAUGGCCGCACCGAGAGAGUAAACAGUUUCCCCUUCCUCUUCUCUCCCAACCUCCCACUCCCGACUGACCCUCCAUGUGUUUCCUCCCGUGGGCAGCUCCGUAGCCCUGGGAGAGGUUUGCAGCCGACCCUCCCUGAAAGCAUGGCCCAGAGGAGUCAGGAGGCCGCAGCAGCUGUCCCCAGGAGCUGUGAGGGUCUCCAAGUCAUCCUCGCGGGCUCCCAUGCAGGGGCUCCAGGCUGCGACAUGCCCACUUGCCUGAUCCGCCAGGAACCCCCUCAUGGGAGGGAAGGGACAGAAAGCUUUCCAAGGCCUUGGGUUGGCUGCGCUCCGUAAGGCCGGCUCCCUGGAUAUCCCCUGGGCUGGCCAGUGGCUCCAGCCUCGCCCUUCCCUGAGGGCCUGAGGGUCAGGCUGGGCCAUCGACAUGUGCCCUUACAGCUCCACUUGGAGGGAGCCCCCAGGCUGAUCCCACACCAUGGGGUUGUGGUGUGACUGGGCAGAUCACUCUGAGCAUCUCUGGGCCACCAUUUCGUCACCCCUGAUGGACAGGCAAGACCAGAGAAUCCCAAAGGACUGUUGAAUUCUCUACAGCCUGCGACGCCGCCUGCCCGUGGGGCUGACCUGGCUGAGGGCAGGUGUGAGGAGCUUCUCCUUGGCAUGCCAGAGGUGGGGGGCCCUGUUCCCAGGCAGGAGGUGGCUGCCCAUCGGCCCAGAGCUGCUCACGGCCUGCCCAGGGCAGCUGGGGGAGGCCGAGGGCCUGGCAGUGUAUCCGAGGGCCUGGCAGUGUAUCCGUUCUCACCUCCCGGCCCCACCUUACCCCAUCUGCCUCUCCAUCGUGCAUUGCCAGGUGUCCUGCAAGUCCCCGAUACUAAGGUGGCCAGGUUGGGGGUGCUACAGCCCCAGAGGGGAGAGAGGACCUGUCCCCAGCCCCCGUUAGACUCACCCACCCCCGUUCGCAGCAGACCACAGGCUGGUCAGUCAGAGCUGCAAGCCAGAUGGCUCUCAACCCCCUCUGCAGGGACAAGAGGGGCGAGAGAGUGGCUUGUCAGGCCCGGAAGAUUUGGACCUUUAGGUGACAUGCAUAUGACCCCUUGUGUAUGAUCGUGUCAUGGAUGAAAUGUAAAAAAGGCCUUUGUGCUUUCCUGGGUGUUGUCCAGGGAGGAUGGCCUGAGAGGGGUGACUCGCUCACCUUCCAGAAUGGGGGUCUGGGGUGGUGCCCACCCACCGUGGAGGAGGCCUGGGCUGGGGGAGCUGGAGGCCCUCAGGACCCCACCUCACCCCCCACUGUCUUGGAAACUGAGGACCCGCCCACUAACUGUGUUUACACAACUUGAGUGUUGACCCCAUUAAAAUGUCUGUCACCUUUUCCUAGUUCUCACCCCGAGCCCCAGGGAAGUAGGAAAGCGUGGCCAGCCUCUUGCACUGCUUUGUCUCCAAAAUAAACUACUGAAAUCAAACUGCAUUUUGCACUCGUUUA